AAUAACACCCUCCCCGCACUUUCAAUCCGGAGGCAUCCUUGCCACAUCGGAUAACAAAUUGAGUGAGCUGUUGAGCCGCCGUCAAACAAUUGAAGUUGUACCGCUGCUUCUGUGGUUCGUUUACUUUAAACAGAACAUUCCAUAUUGUGAUUAACAUUGCGGUCAUUUUUUGGCGAUCCAUUCCACUUGCAAAGGACCAUCGAUUUGGUCCGAUGACAUGACUUCGGCGAUGGCAGAAGAUGAUGGAGAACGGCACAGCUACGGAGGCCAUUCUCAUAAGAUGGUGCUGAUGAUGAUGUUGUUCCUUGCGGCAGGUGGACUUCAAGCGAACGCGCAAGUUUCUCCACAAGAUGAGUAUCCAGUCCGACUUGUGGGCGGGGUCUCAGAGACGGAGGGGCGGGUUGAGAUCUUGUUCAAUGGCGAGUGGGGGACUGUGUGCGACGAAGGAUGGGAUUAUGCUGACGCUAGUGUCGUCUGUCGACAACUUGGCCUCUACGGGCCCAACACGUCAAUCCAAGCCGCCUUCUUUGGCGAAGGCACUGGUCAUGUGCUCAUGGCCCAUGUUGGUUGCCAUGGAAAUGAGAGCCAUUUGAGUGACUGCGCUUUUACAGGAUGGGGCUUUGAUAGUUGCCAGCAUAAUCGCGAUGCCAGUGUGUCAUGUCAAAUAGCUGAGGAAUUUCCUGUUCGUCUAGCCGGUGGAAGCACUGAGAGAGAUGGGCAGGUGGAGGUAUAUUACAGGGACCAGUGGCAAGCCAUGCUCGUUGGCAAGUGGAAAGCUUCUGUUGGCAGCGUCAUUUGUCGGGAGUUAGGCUACCAUGGGCCCAACAUGUCCUACACCGAAGGCCCAGCCUCUGGAGGUUUGAUAGGACCAGGAUAUGUGUAUCUGGAUGAUAUGAGCUGCGAUGGGAGUGAGGAGAAACUGAAUGAUUGUACAAUUUGGAGUAUAGGUGGACCAGGGGUAACCGGGCUUAUCUACCAAACUGUAGUCAGAGUUUCCUGCCAAACAGAGGAUGAAGACUUUCUCUCUGUUCGGCUUGUUGAGGGAUUGGACAGUAGUCAGGGAAGCUUGGAGGUGUAUUUUGAUGGCCACUGGGGCGUGAUUCGUGAGACCAGUUGGGAUGAUGCCGGCACCGGUGUGGUUUGCAGACAGCUGGGCUUUGAUGGACCAAAUGUCACUCUGUACUCCACCUCAUUCUUUGGCAGGGCUAAUUUGAGAGACCCAGCGUUUUUCUCCAUCUUCCGUUGCAGGGGCGACGAAGCAAUGGUCUCCGAUUGUCCACGCACCACUGGUUCGGGUGACUUGCCCUCCUAUCAGAGUUUGACUGUAGGCAUCAUAUGUCAAGCAGUGGCCGAUCAUCCAGUGCGACUUGUUGGUGAAUAUAAUUCAACUAAUGCCGGUCUGGUGGAGAUGUUCUUCCAUGGUCACUGGGUCGCUGUUCAGUUGAAGGACGGAUCUGAAUCAGCUUUUGCCAGUGUCAUUUGUCGACAACUUGGAUUGUUUGGUCCCAACAUGUCAACCAUUUCUCAUUCUGCCUUUUCAACCCAUCGAAGAACUUACACAUAUGGUAUGCGUGGCGUAGCUUGCAAUGGAACAGAAAGCAGAUUGGUUGACUGUACCUUUGAAGGCUGGGCUAAUAUGUACCGCGGCGUUGGGGUUGUAUGUCAAGCAGUGGAUGACCAUCCAGUUCGGCUUACUGGAGGUUCCUCCAGCACCGAGGGAAAGGUAGAAGUCUUUAUGAAUGGUCAGUGGGGUGCAGUGUGCGCUGAUGGCUGGGAUACAUCACAUGCUAGUGUGGUGUGUCGACAACUUGGCUUUCAUGGGCCAAACACUUCCCUACAUUAUCCAAAGGAAGAAGACCAGUUACAGUAUCUGACUUCUGUUACUUGCCAGGGUCAGGAAGAGCGGCUCGUAGAUUGUGAUUUUAAGGGUUGGGGUGCCUACUGCACGACCCUAGCUGCUGUCAAAUGUCAGACUGACGAGGAAUACCCAAUACGGCUUGCUGAUGGAUCAUCCAGCUCUGAGGGUCGUGUAGAGGUCUUCUUCAACGGUCAGUGGGGUACUAUAUGUGACACCAAUUGGGAUGAUGCUGCCGCCAGUGUUGUAUGCCGUCAGCUUGGAUUCCCUGGGCCUAGUCUGGGAGUGAGACAAGCCUUGUUUGGGAGAGGAGAUGGUCCGAAGUACUUGAAAAAUGUGGACUGUGAGGGUCACGAAGAACAGCUGACUGAUUGCUCUUUUGAGGGCUGGGCCAUCUAUCCGUACCUCUGCAGUCGUGUGUUGGAUGCUGGUGUCAUCUGUCAAGCAGAUGAAGACUUCCCUGUUCGAUUGGUUGAUGGGCCAACCCUGACAUCAGGUCGUGUGGAAUUAUUCUUCCAUGGCCAGUGGGGAACCGUGUGUGAUAGCAGGUGGGAUGACUUGGAUGCUGCUGUAGUUUGCAGGCAACUUGGCUUUAAUGGUUCCAGCAUAGCCGUGUCGGGUUCGUUCUUUGGGCAAGGCCAGGGCCCAGCUUUCCUAUCCCACGUGGACUGUUCCGGUAACGAAAGCCGACUGAGUGAUUGCAUCCAUGUGGGUUUAGGUUCCAGUUACUGCUCUCACCGCGUUGAUGCAGGUGUAAUAUGCCAGGCAGAUGACUCCUUUCAUGUUCGUCUGGCUGAUGGCCCGUCUCAUAAUGUGGGGAGAGUGGAGAUUUACUUCAAUGAUCAGUGGGGGACUGUUUGCCGCAGAGACUGGGAUGCAAAGGAUGCAACUGUCGUCUGUAACCAGUUGGGUUUCCAUGGAACCGGGAGGCCUGUGUAUGCAUCGAUAUUUGGGCGUGGUAAUGGACCGUACAUUAUGAACGAAGUUGAUUGCGAUGGUACUGAGAGAAGGCUGGCUGACUGUCGCUUCAGUGGCUGGGGGAAAAACAAGCAAUCAUGUGAUGACACUGUUGGGGUCGUCUGCAGUGAUUUGUUCGGAUCUACAUGCCCACCACCAGAGACUUUCAUCGACCACGUUGAUGGACAGUUUACAAUCCGGAAAUAUGUCAUAAAGGAUAUGUCAACAGCGUCUGACGCAUCCUGGACAGAGCCAGUCCUUGUCAACAUGCCAGAGAAUUAUGUGAACUCCACAACCUGUACGUAUGCUGAUGGCCGACUGCCUCCGGGACCAUGCCGCUCUGGUGGAAGCUUCAACAUCACACGUCCAUUCCUAGUUCGGGAAGAGACCAAGCACAAAGUGGAGUACCGUAUCACCGACCUGGAUGAGAGUGUCACCUAUUCCUGCAUAUUCUACAUAUCGGUCGCAGUGGUAGCGAGACCGAUCCUCAUCAACAUUCCUGUCUUCAGAGAUGAUGAUGACCAGCAAGAAUCACCUAGUACUUCUAUUCCAGAGCCUACAACAGCUUCAAAUCAGGGUUCGUCAUAUUGCCAUGUAUAUCAACACUAUGACCCAGUCAACGGUUUUCUAACUUGGCCAUUCACAAGGGCAGGCGAACAGGCAGAGUCUUCCCAAAGAUGUCCACCUGGUUCAGAUCGUGCUGGCAUGCCAAAAGGCAUCGUGAAUUGUUCAUCACCUGAUCUCCAUGGUAACGAUGCAAGAUGGGAGGCCCCAGUAAUGGUCAGCUGUAACGAUAACACAAGCGAAGAAGAAGUGAACUAUUACAAUGAAGGCCUUCUUUAUGAGCAGGUCAGUCAAGCUGAGAUAAUGCUCGGACAAAUAGGAAACAAUGAUGAAUUUCUAGCAAGACAACUUGACGAAGUGGUAGACAUCCUGGACAACAUAACCAGCUUGGGCUCUGGAGAUCUACAGGUAACCGAAGCAGUUAUUGGAGCUGUAGACAGCAUCAUGAAUGCUAUCAGGGGCAAAGAAGUGUUGGAUCAAGCACAUGGGAAGAAUCUGGCCAUCUUGAUUCAAUCCAUCAACCAGCAAGUUUCAUCUUCCCUUCGUCAAGGAGGAGAGAUUAGCAUCCAGAAGAAUUCUAUUCAUGUGAAAGCCAUCAGUGCUCCUCCUUCAGUGUUUCAGGACAGACUCAGCUUUGUCUCAGAGACCACUGGUGACUCCGGGCAACAAGGGUUACCUCUAGAGGGCGGUAAUAGUACACUGGUAGGGUCAGAGGUGAAGGUGUAUCAGGGCAGCAGCGAGAUACCUAGCGAUGGUCGCGUGAAGGCAGUCAUCAGCCUACCAGCGAAUCUUGAGGAAUUGAUGCAGGGAUUUGCUUCACCACGCAUCAAUGUGACUUUCAUCAUCUAUGCUGAUGAUACCAUGUUCCCAUCAUCCCUUGUGAAGGCGUCACAGUCAGAGAACCAAUCAGCAAUCAGUGUUGCAGGUCCUGUGGUCUCAUUGGCUGUUGAGGGCAUUACACUUGUAAAUCUGACAGAACCAAUUGCCAUUGAGUUUAAGACUUCGGCAGCAAGCAUCUCUGACAGGGCAACUUGCGUCUUUUGGGACUUCACUCUGGAAAACGGCGUAGGUGAUUGGUCUAGUGCUGGCUGUGAAUUUCAGGGAGUGACCAAUGGGAGGUACACUUGCCAAUGUGAUCACGCGACCAACUUUGCUGUACUUGUGAGGCAAGGGGACUCGGCAUAUGAGGUUGAGGUCAUAGGUCACAGUCACAACCUUUUCAACCAGAUAAGCUGCAUUGGAUCAGCUGGGACCUACCUGAUCAUAAUCGUCGUAUACCUGACUGUGACGAAACUGCGGGUCAAUAAGUCUGGUCAGAUAUUUCUGCAAUUUGUCUUCUCUCUGCUGAUGUUGUAUGCAGUGUUCUUUGCUGGUGCCUACAAUGCAAGGAGUUCGAGCAUACGCUGCGUAGCUGUGUCUGCCUUGCUGCAUUUCUUACCCCUAACCACCGUGAUGUGGACGGCAGUGGAAGCCAGAUUCGUCUACACCAGAACACUCAAGAUUUCCUCAACAGAAAGCUCUCUGGAUGUCGUCCUUGCUAGCCUUGUAGCUUGGGGCAUUCCUUUUGUGAUGACAGGAACUGCAGUGGCUCUAGCAGUGGACCAGUACAACAACGAAGAUUACUGCAUUGUUGCUCCAAGUCUGCUGCUGUACUUCGGUCUGCUUCAACCCAUCGGCCUCAUCCUGAUCCACAACUUCAUCACCUUUGCCAUGGCCAUGUGCAACCUCUCCAAACCACAAGAUGAGGAGCAACCCAUCCCAUCAUCCUCAUCGUCCGUCACCAAGCAACUGCUUGCUGACGUCAUCAUCUGCACUCUGUUGGCAGUGGCCAUUUUGUCUGGGUUUAUGUCCGUUCACGACCACAUCAACUCCCAGAUCUACUCCGUCGUAUUUUUGGCAUCCAGUUGCCUACUGGUGUGUACCAUUGGUGCUGCCCUCUACUUAAAGACCAAAGAUGCAGCGCCACGGCGUGAUGAGGUCCUUGGCCUUCAAGACAUUUCUGAUUUCCAGGAGGAAUCACAAAUUUCUUCCCAGAAGACUACAACUGAUGACGCCACUACAAGCUGUGGCGCCAAGCUUGAGAAGGAGGAUGAAUUCACCGUCAAAAAGGAUGAAGAUGACCCAGGCAAGGUCGCCUUUGAACCAAACGAAACGAAAUCGAUCUCCAAUGAAGCCAAUGAAAUCGAAGUGGAAUCCCUAGAUGACCCCAACAGUGACAUGAAUGGCACUGUGCCAACAGAGGACAUUGAUUAGCAGACCCCGAAAAAAAUGUGCACUGAAUCAGGAUGUCAUGUUCGAAUCGUCCAAUCAGAGAAUUGUUCUAGUUAAUGAAUAUGUCUGGUUGCUAAUUAUAUGUUUAUUGUUGGUUAACUGUGUGACUCAUUAUCUCCCUUGUAUUUUAAAUAUAUAUAUUUAAUUACGUAAUGCCGUAAAGAAAAUCACAAUGCUUUGCGACUUUUGUGUAACGUGGUUUUGUAUGAAUUUAAAGUUUUAUGUAAAAAAAGUAAUGCACCUAAUAAAUUAGCUGCACUAUGUUAAAAUAAUGGUAUAUAUAGAUUUGUGUUCUUGCAUAAUCAAUUAUCUGAAUAAUCAGGUUUUUAGUAGAUUAUCUCAAAUGAAUGAAGUGGUGAACGACAGUUUAUUUAUGUUGUAAGAUGACAAGCACCAUUCGCUCCAGUACUGUACACUAUUUUAUGGAUGUGUAACCAUCACUUUAACCAAUACUUUAAAACAUGUAUGGUGGUAUAUUGAUGUCAACUUUGAUUGUACAUAUAUUUCUUCAGUUGUUUAUCGCGUAUAGUGUUCUGGUUUAAGUCGAUAUCUGUGUCUGUAAUGAAAAGAAAAGAAAGUCUUGUCUUGAUAUGUAUAUCUUCUUGUACCUCAUUAUCUUUGAUCAUGUCACCUGGAGGAGUACAGUUGUAACAAUUAAUGUAUAUUCAUGUCAUGCAAAUAUUGUCUAUUCCACAUUAAUACCAAACAACUUAACCAAUGUAUGUCGUCUCUGUCAUAUAAAAUGUUGUGUGAAAUAAAACCCUUUCUAGUUUGUUUGUUUGUUUGUUUGUUUUGCAAUGGAUUAAGGACCAUUCUGCAU